GCCAGGUGCGCGGACCCUGAGAGGCGCGGUGCCCGCUGGACCGCGCGCGCCCCGCGCUCCCCGCGGCUGGUUCAAGGCCAUGCUUCCGCUCUGGGCCCUGCUGGCCCUCGGCUGCCUGCGCCUCGGCUCGGGUGUGAACCUCCAGCCCCAGCUGGCCAGUGUGACCUUUGCCACCAACAACCCGACCCUCACCACGGUGGCCUUGGAAAAGCCUCUCUGCGUGUUUGACAGCUCAGCGGCCCUCGAUGGCACUUUUGAGGUGUACCUCUAUGUCCUGGUCGACUCAGCCAGCUCCAGGAACGCCUCCGUGCAGGAUGCCAAGACCCCGCUGAGCUCCACCUUCCAGCAGACAGAGGGGGGAAGGACAGGCCCCUAUAAGGCAGCGGCCUUUGACCUGAUCCCCUGUGGUGACCUGCCCAGCUUGGAUGCCAUCGGGGAUGUGGCCCGGGCCUCGGAAAUCCUGGACGCCUACCUCGUCAAGGUGGGCGCCAACGGCACCUGCCUUUCAGACCCCAACUUCCACGGCCUCUGCAACCCGCCCCUGUCGGCGGCCACGGAGUACAGGUUCAAGUACAUCCUCGUCAACAUGUCCGCGGGCUUAGUACAGGACCAGACCCUAUGGUCCGACCCCAUCCGCACCAACCGUCCCACCCCCUACUCCGCGAUCGACACGUGGCCGGGCCGGCGGAGCGGGGGCAUGAUCGUCAUCACGUCCAUCCUGGGCUCCCUACCCUUCUUCCUGCUCGUCGCCUUUGCUGGUGCCAUCGUCCUCAGCCUCCUGGACACGGGCGGUCCUGACAUGGAAACGACACACGACUCCCAGAUCACGCAGGAGGCCGUCCCCAAGACCCUGGGGACCUCGGAGCCCGCGUACACGUCUGGGAACCGGGGGCCGCCGCUGGACAGGGCUGACGUGUAUUCCAGCUAGCUGCAGGACUGAGCCCGGCCCGGCUCCUGGGCGGGAGGCCUUCUCCCCACUGGCCUUGGCCAGGGGGUGUGCGGGCAGCCGGUGCCCUGACCCCACCCACGGCGGAACAGGGUGUGUUGGCCCAACCUGCGGGAAAACUGUUAAUAAAAUCUUCCCAAGGUUUUGAGUUCCAAAUGAA